CGUCACGGUCUUCCAUGGCGACCAAAAGUCUGCUCUGUGUUCAAAUGUUGCUACUAACGUCGAUAGUCUUCGUGGUGCUAGGGCAUGAAGCAGUGAAAUCAGAGCAGUACCCAUUGGUAGUAAGCACAUGGCCAUUCGUAGAGGCUGUUAGAGCUGCUUGGAGGGCUGUUGAUGCUGGGUUUUCUUCUGUUGAUGCUGUCAUUGAAGGAUGUUCUGCUUGUGAAGAACUCAGGUGCGAUGGCACAGUUGGGCCUGGUGGGAGUCCAGAUGAGAAUGGAGAAACUACAAUUGAUGCUCUGGUCAUGGAUGGGGCAACAAUGGAGGUCGGAGCUGUUGCUGCUAUGAGGUACGUGAAGGAUGGAAUUAGAGCUGCUAGAUUAGUUAUGCAACAUACUAAACACACUUUGCUUGUUGGAGAGAAAGCAUCGGCAUUUGCUAUUUCAAUGGGACUUCCAGGACCAACUAACCUUAGCUCGACAGAAUCUAUGGAGAAGUGGACCAAAUGGAAACAAAAUCACUGCCAACCAAAUUUUUGGAAAAACGUUAUACCUGUUAACAGUUGUGGCCCUUAUCAUGGGAAGGAUUCCCUGAAACUCAGUGACAGAACAUGUUCCGAAGACUCUCUUUUAGGAAAUAUUGAAUCAAGUUCGUCUCAUUUUAGUGUUAACAAUCACGAUACCAUUUCAAUGGCAGUUAUUGAUAAAGGGGGACAUAUUGCUGUUGGUACAUCAACUAAUGGAGCUACAUUUAAGAUUCCAGGGAGGGUGGGUGAUGGACCGAUUGUGGGAUCUUCAGCAUAUGCCGAUGAUGAAGUUGGUGCCUGUGGAGCGACCGGGGAUGGUGACAUUAUGAUGCGUUUCCUUCCAUGUUAUCAAGUUGUGGAGAGUAUGAGAUUGGGGAUGGAACCUAAGCUCGCAGCCAAGGAUGCAAUAUCACGAAUUGCAAGAAAAUUUCCGGACUUUGUCGGAGCUGUCUUUGCUGUCAAUAAGAAUGGUGAGCAUGCCGGUGCUUGCUAUGGAUGGACAUUCCAAUACUCAGUGAGAAGGCCACUUAUGGAUGAUGUGAAGGUUGUAACUGUGCAUCCCCACAGUUUGCCUUAAUAGAGUUUUACAUGGAACUUGCCACAAAAAUAAUUGCUUGUUUGGAACUUUUUGUUUAAAGAAUAUUAACUUUUGCAUUCAAGAGCUGCAUUAAGGAUGUAAUUUGUAUAGAUCUUCUGUUGAAGUUGGAGGCUUAUUGUUUCCUAGCUGCUGCCUGAAAACAUGAGAUACUUUCUAGAGUUUUACCCCCAAAAAAAAAAAAAAAGAAGAAAGAAAGCCUAUCUUCGUUGAACUUA